CGUCAGUCAAACCGAAUCACCGAUCGGAAGUUGCAGCGAUCGCAGAUCCAACCGCCUUUUCCUCUGAGAAGCAUCGGGAAAAAUGGCGCUCGAGUGGGUAGUUCUCGGAUACGCCGCCGCGGCGGAGGCGAUCAUGGUCCUCCUCCUGACCAUCCCUGGCCUCGACGGCCUCCGCAAGGGCCUCGUCGCCGUCACGCGGAACCUCCUGAAGCCGUUCCUCUCCGUGGUCCCCUUCUGCCUCUUCCUCCUCAUGGACAUCUACUGGAAGUACGAGACCCGGCCCAAGUGCGGGGGCGAAUCCUGCACUCCCUCCGAGCACCUCCGCCACCAGAAGUCCAUCAUGAAGAGCCAGCGCAACGCCCUCCUCAUCGUCGCGGCCCUCCUCUUCUACUGGCUUCUCUACUCCGUCACUCACCUCGUCGUCCGGAUCGAGCAGCUCAACCAGCGCGUCGAGCGCCUCAAGGAUCGCGAGUGAUCGUCUCUGUCAGUUUCUAGGGUUUACACUUGUUUGCUGUGUAUUGAGUUCUUACUUAUGAAAUUUCUCGAUCUGAAUCAAUCUGAGUUUUAA